UACAGACAGUACGUUAACACUCUUCCCAAACGCGUUAUUUACAUUAUGAUAAAGGACUCGGUGUUUCUUAUCACCGGUGGUUCCUCAGGAAUAGGAAACUCUAUAUCCAAGUUCCUACUAACCGAGGGAGCAUAUUUAACUAUACUAGACUUGCGACCACUUGCUGAUAGUUGCAUUUUAAACAAUAAGGAACGCGUUUUGUUCAUGCUGGUUGACGUGACUAGUGCAAAAGAUACAUCGAACGCCCUAGAAAUGACCGAGCGAAAAUUUGGAAAACUUAAUGGGGUGAUUAACUGUGCCCAAGUUAAAUGUGCCAACCCCGUAUUCAACGUGGUGAGCAACGAGGUGCAUAGUUUACAAGAAUUUAUUAAAAUAUUAGAUAUCAACCUUUUGGGCACCUUCAACGUAAUCCGGCUAAGCAUUCCUUUGUUGGCCAAAAGUUCCGAUGGGAUCAUCAUCAACACUUCCAGCCGGUUUGGUCAUAAGAGUGUGGCAUAUUCGGCUAGUAAAGCAGGCAUUAUUGGUAUAACACAACCCCUGUCUAAAGAGCUGCAUCAACAUGAGAUACGUGUGGUGGAUAUUGCAUUAGGAAAAUCCGAUGAAAACCUCAACGUCCAAUUCGGAAAGUUCAUCAAAUCGAUCAUAGAAACUACAACUUUUAAUGGCAUAUCAUUAAAAUUUUAAAUAAAACAUUUUAAUUAACGA